GCCAUUCUUAUUCGGGUGCCUACUAGUGUAGUGUAGCCAUGGCGCGGGUGCGAGGGCCGUAGUGUCGAAUUUUUUUUUUUUUGGGGAGGGUCUUGACUUGGCGGAGAGUCCACUUUUCUGGGGGCUGCAAGGCCCCGGAAACUGAUCUGCGGUGCGAUACAGGCGAGGCAGGGCGGAUAUAAGCGGCCUUGCCGUGUACACUCAGCAUCUCACACACUCGGUUAGUAACGUUCUUUUCCUGUCUGUUUGAUUGAAAUUUUGUCAUUUUCUUUUCUUUUUGAUUUCGCAUGUCCCUCAGAAUUAGAUAGUCGAUCCUCCGAAUCCUCCUCCUUCCCUAGAGGACGCCCAAAGUUCGAUUCGUCAGCCAGGGCCGAUUCCGGCAGACCCGCGAGCCCGAGUCCGGAAAAGCCAAACAAAAAGCCAAACAAGGAUAAUGUCGACAACGGCUGGCGCCUUCAUAGCGGGCGGCAUCGCCGCCUGCGGAGCCGUGACGGCGACGCACCCGUUCGAGACGGUCAAGAUCCGCAUGCAGCUGCAGGGCGAGCUCCAGGACAAGGGCCACCAGCCGCACCACUAUCGGGGCCCCAUCCACGGCGUCUCCGUCAUUGUCAGGAACGAGGGCCUGCGCGGCAUCUACCGCGGUAUCGGGUGCGCGUACAUCUACCAGAUCCUGCUCAACGGCUGCCGGCUCGGCUUCUACGAGCCCAUGCGCAACGCCCUGUCGACCCUCAUCUUCAAGGACGGCAAGACACAGAGCCUGGGCAUCAACAUGUUCUGCGGCGCCGCGUCGGGCGUCAUGGGCGCCGCCGCCGGCAGCCCCUUCUUCCUGGUCAAGACGCGGCUGCAGAGCUUCUCGCCCUUCCUGCCGGUCGGCACGCAGCACCGGUACCGGAACGCGCUGGACGGCAUGACCCAGAUCUACCGGACCGAGGGGGUGCGCGGCCUGUACCGCGGCGUGGGCGCGGCCAUGAUCCGGACCGGUUUCGGCAGCUCGGUGCAGCUGCCCACAUACUUCUUCGCCAAGCGCCGGUUGAUGAGGCACCUGGGGAUGGAGGAGGGCGCCCCCCUGCACCUGACCAGCAGUACGGUCAGCGGCUUCGUGGUCUGCGUCGUCAUGCACCCGCCGGACACCAUCAUGUCCCGUAUGUACAACCAAAACGGCAAUCUCUACGCCGGCGUCUUCGAUUGCUUAGCAAAGACCAUCCGAACCGAGGGUAUCUUUGCUAUCUACAAGGGGUUCCUGCCACACCUUGCCAGGAUCUUGCCCCACACCAUCUUGACGUUGACCCUGGCGGAGCAAACCAACAAGCUGAUCAGGAAGCUCGAGAACCGGAUUUUGCCGAGUACCGCGCUGAAGACAGUGUGAAGGGGAGGGGAGGGGGGGGUUGGUUGGGGAACUGGCGUUUUGUUUUCAAUAUGGCGUUGGGUAGAUCUGGCAUUCGGAGAACCUUCUUUUCCGCGUUUGAUACCA